AUGACCGCCGAAACUAGCACAUCAAACGAGCCCGAGCCUUCAGCUCUCCAAACCCUCCUCACAACCUCAUCCUCCACCUCGUCGCACCCACAGCACCUGACCAACCUCGCUGUCCAGAUUGCCCAUAAUCUCGAGCACCAACAUUUGUGGACCGAUUUGCGCAUCCACGAUACCUCUCCUAUUGAUUCGACUCCUCUCCCACGACCUAUGGUCAGUGGCAUGCCACCACAACGGUUGUACAUCCACCCAGACGAGCAGAUUGCGCUGUUGCAGACACAGAAGGCGCAGGGCAAGACUGGAUUAGGCGAGGUCAAGGCAGAGCGCGAAUGGGUAUUGCCGAGCCACCUGCGCGAAAAGUGGACUCUCAGACGCUUUGCAGAGGUGUUUGAGAAGGUUGGCGUUAUGCCUCCGGCAAACGAGGAUAACGAUGAGGACGAGGAAGAGCAACAGACGAACAAGUGGAGGACUAAGAAGAGAGUGGUGUUGGCUACAGUGGACGACGACAGCACGAUUGUCUACUACAUUGUUCACGAUGGAAUUGUCAAGCCUCGCCAGAACUGA